CUCCCCCACCCCCUUCCUUCAUGGCCGUUUCUCCACCAUUAAUGCCUUGCUCGUUAACCCACUGCACAUUCCUUAUCUUCGUCUUCUUCAUUUCCAUCACUCUGCCUCUGCACCCUGACUUCCACAUCCUCCUCUCUCUCACUCUCUUAUCUCUCUAGCCAAUUAUGGCAGCAGAGUACUCAGGCAACAAAACUCCAAACACCCACCUCUUGCAAGAACUCGAAGCACUUAGCCAAACCCUCUACCAAAUCCCCACCACCAACCGAAGAACAAACUCCCUCGCUCUCCCCCGCUCCUCCGUUCCGCCCAUCCCAAUCGAUGACGCCAAACCCGAAGUGGAGAAACUCAUCAACCCAAAACCGCGGCAGAGGCGCAUGUCCCUAUCCCCAUGGCGCUCUCGCCCAAAACUCGAAGACGACCACAACCAAGACCACCGCAACGAACGCUCCAAGACUCCACGUCAAAGGCCAGUAAAGAAGUUGGACAACACAGCGGCGGCCGCGGCGACUUCUUCCGAUAAAAAAGGGCUUUGGAACUGGAAGCCGAUUCGCGCUCUAUCCCACAUCGGAAUGCAGAAGCUGAGCUGUUUGUUCUCCAUCGAAGUGGUCGCCGUUCAAGGCCUCCCGGCUUCAAUGAACGGCCUCCGGCUUUCGGUUUGUAUUCGAAAGAAAGAGACCAAAGACGGCGCAGUCCACACCAUGCCGUCAAGGGUCUCCCAAGGAGCUGCUGAUUUCGAAGAGACUCUGUUUAUAAGGUGCCACGUUUAUUGCACUUCCAGCGGGGCAACGAGUCAGCUGAAAUUCGAGCCGCGUCCUUUCGUGAUUUAUGUGUUUGCAGUAGACGCCGAGGAGCUUGAUUUCGGAAGAAGUUCGGUGAAUUUGAGUCACUUGAUUCAGGAAUCCAUAGAGAAGAAUUCAGAAGGUACACGGGUUAGGCAGUGGGACACGAGUUUCAACUUAUCGGGAAAGGCAAAAGGAGGUGCACUUGUUCUGAAAUUGGGGUUUCAGUUAAUGGAGAAAGACGGAGGGGUUGGAAUUUACAAUCAAGCUGAAGGGCAGAAGUCUAAAGGGAAAAGCUUGACGUCGCCAUCCUCAAAUUUUGCCCGAAAGCAGUCGAAAUCGUCGUUCAGCAUCGCUAGUCCGAGGAUGUCAAGCCGGGCGGAAGCAUGGACGCCUUCACAAUCAGGAAUGGCAGCAGAUUUGCAAGGGAUUGAUGACCUGAAUCUCGAUGAGCCAGCUACCGUGCCGUUGACUUCUCCUUCUGUUAAGAAGUCUGAAGAACCCGAAUCGAAUAUGGAGGAUCUAGAGCUUCCGGAAUUCGACAUUGUUGACAAAGGAGUUGAGAUGAUACAGGACAAAACUGAUAAGACAGACGAAGACCAAUCGGAGGAGAAUUCAGACAAAAGGUCAGAUGCGAGUGAGGUGGUGAAGGAGGUUGUUGUGCAUGAUCAAGUCCAUUUGACGAGAUUGACUGAACUUGAUUCAAUAGCUCAGCAAAUCAAAGCUUUGGAAUCUAUGAUGGGAAAUGAAAAACCUUUCAAAACAGAGGAGGAAGAAACUGCAUCACCAAAAUUGGAAGCGGAUGAAGAAACGGUAACGAGGGAAUUCCUUCAGAUGCUUGAAGGUGAAGAAGCUGAUGAAUAUAAACUUAAUCAGCUUGAUGAUUCUCCAAUGAAGUUUGAAGGAGUAGCUGCUGAAGAUUCUACGGAGCUUGAAUCCAAGGUUUUUGUUCCCGACCUUGGGAAAGGCUUGGGGUGUGUGGUUCAAACUAGGAAUGGAGGCUACUUAGCUGCUAUGAAUCCUCUCGACACAGAAGUGCCAAGGAAAGAUACUCCUAAACUCGCAAUGCAGAUAUCCAAACCAUUGGUUCUACCGACGGAUAAAUCAAGUGGGUUCGAGGUAUUUCAGAGAAUGGCAGCUAGUGGGAUUGAAGAACUUAGUUCUGAAAUUCUAUCCUUGAUGCCUGUGGAUGAGCUCAUGGGCAAGACAGCUGAACAGAUUGCUUUUGAAGGCAUUGCUUCAGCAAUUAUCCAAGGGAGGAACAAAGAAGGUGCUAACUCAAGUGCUGCUCGUACUAUUGCUACAGUCAAAACCAUGGCAGCUGCUAUGAGUACCAGAAGGAAAGAAAGGAUUUCCACAGGAAUUUGGAAUAUGAGCGAAAACCUGUUGUCAGCAGACGAGAUUCUAGCAUUCUCGAUGCAGAAAAUAGAGGGCAUGGCAGUUGAAGCUCUGAAAAUUCAGGCAGAAAUGGCAGAAGAAGAUGCACCCUUUGAUGUUUCUCCAAUCAAUGGAAAGAAAAUGUUGUCGUCUGCAGUUCCACUUGAGGACUGGAUCAAUAAUAGCGGCAAUACACCUUUGCCUAAAGAAGCUGGAGAAACAGAAACCACCACAAUAUUAGUAGUUGUCCAGUUGCGAGAUCCUCUAAGACGAUACGAGGCAGUUGGUGGCCCUGUGAUAGCGUUAAUAAACGCAACAAUUAGCGAUGCUAAUUCGAAUAUCUACGCCGAGGAAAGGAGGUUCAAAUUGGCAAGUUUGCAUGUCGGGGGUCUGAGAGUGAGGACUAGAGGAAAGAGGAAUGUGUGGGAUACUGAGAAACAAAGGCUAACUGCCAUGCAGUGGCUUGUGGCAUAUGGACUGGGGAAGGCAGGGAAGAAGGGAAAGCACGUCUCUUCAAAGGACCAGGAUCUGCUUUGGAGCAUUUCUUCACGAGUAAUGGCGGACAUGUGGCUCAAGCCAAUGAGAAAUCCAGACGUCAAAUUCAGCAAGUGAAAGUGAGUCAGUCUCUUUGCAGAAUUAUGUGACUUAAGGCCCGGUCAUGUGCCCGGAACCGGAAUUAUGACACCAGUCCACUAUCUUUUCCCCAUUUAAAAUCUCCUAUUACAUUUUACUCAUAAGAAUUUAGUGUUUGAGUUUUAUAGUGUUCAGUUUUUAGAAACGAUAUUGAACGUUUUCCGCUCGUACAUUCGAUCUGGACAUAUUAUUCCUUGUAUUUAUUUUUUUGAUACUUCACUAUCACCUUCGCUUUA